AUGGCCUCAUUUACAGUUCCGUCGGGAUCAGCUGCUGUCCCGAUUGUUGCUCCUACGGCCGAAAAGAUUAUUUCAAAAAAUAACUCGAAUAAGAAUAGUGCUCAUUCUAGCUCAAAAGUGCGGACAUGUCGUAAUUUGAUCAUACACGGAAAUUGCAAAUACGAAGGCAAAGGAUGCGAGUUUAAUCAUGAUUUAAAUAAACCACCAACUACUUCACCGCCUGCAAGUCCUGAAACAUCUAAAUCGAAAUUGAGUGUCCAUUCGCCAGUAUUUAAGCCGUCAGGCAACUUAUCUUCAAUUUCGCCCGAUGUUAUAAAUGCGCCGCCGUUUAUUCCUAAGCAAAGUCAAGUAACAUUAUCAGAAGGUUCAAAACCUGAGAAUGGUAAAAUUUUAGUCGUGUUUUACAGUGCAUACUUUUUCCCAGUCGCUUGUUGUUCGCUUACCCGUCUCGAUUUCCACACUCACCAAGGUUCGAACGAUCAGCAGCAAUUCUACGAUCAGGAUGAUCAGCAACAUGCUGCGAUGUUCGAUCAACAAAUGAAUUAUUUCCCAGCUCAGACGACGCCCAACUAUCUGAUGUCGACCAGAGAUAUGACAAAUAAUGCGUUUAAUGCUUUGGCUGGUUCGAUUGCCUCAUUGAGUUUAAACGCGUCAAAUUACCCCGUUUCAGCUUCAUCUUCCCGAUCACAAUCUUCGUCUCAUAACGCGACCAAUGCAAACUAUUUUUCGCAACUGGCUCAACUAAACCCACUCUACUACCAGAAUCAGUCAGGGUUACUUCCUGCUCCAUUACAGUAUCAUCUGUAUACAUCUCCACUGCCGCAUGUCUCAAACUUGCAUCCUCAUCAGAAGACCAUUCAUGCAUUUUUCAUGUCAGAUAAUUUACGCGAGGAACUGCAGAGAAAGAACGAAGCAACAUUGCAGACUGUUAAUGCUCAAGAUUAUAAUCUACCCGAGGAAAUCCAUGUCUAUCACUCGCUAUAUCCUCUUGAAAGCUUGUCGGAAAGCUUGGGCAAGGUUUUUGGAUAUCCCACGUCAGUUUACAAGAGUGUCUGCUCCGUGGAUGGACGAGUGUACUGCCUGAGACGAAUAGAAGGGUACAGGUUGACAAACGAAAUUGCAAUGUCGACGAUCGAAAGCUGGCGACGAAUACGGCAUGCAAACGUUGUUUCGAUACGGGAAGCGUUUACUACCAAAGCGUUUGGAGAUCAUUCACUAGUAUUCGUCUACGAUUACCAUCCGCUUUCCCAGACAUUGUUCAGCAAACAUUUUUCGUCGCAAUCGCAAAUACACCCAUCACCAGUCAACGGUCUCGCCAUUCCGGAAAAGCUGUUGUGGAGUUAUAUAUGUCAGAUAGCAUCGGCGAUCAAGACAAUACACUCUUCAGGUUUAGCUGUGCGAACGAUAGAACCAACAAAGAUUUUAUUAACUAGUAAGAAUCGCAUACGAUUGAACUGUUGCGGGGUAAUGGAUUUGUUGACUUACGAUGGGGGGAAAAACCUUCCACAUUAUCAGCAAGAAGACUUGUUGAGCUUUGGACAACUUCUUGUCUCACUCGCAUGUCAUCCGCAUGCCGUCAAUCAUAAUCUUCAAAAGUCAAUAGAUUUCAUUUCUCGACAAUAUUCUCCAGACUUCAAGAAUGUCAUCUUGUACUUGCUAAGCAACCCAUCUCCCGUGAAAUCGAUCGAUGAUGUUAUCGCAAUGAUUGGUCCACGCUUGUUGCAUGAGAUUAACAGUGCGCACAAUUAUAAUGACUUUUUGGAGAGUGAAUUGAGCCAUGAAUUGGAAAACGGAAGACUGGUGCGGCUUUUGUGCAAAUUUGGAUUCAUCAACGAACGACCAGAAUUCGAUAUGGAUCCUAGCUGGUCAGAAACAGGUGAUCGCUACUUGAUUAAGCUUUUUAGGGAUUAUGUAUUUCAUCAAGUGGACGAGAAUGGGUAUCCUGUUGUUGAUAUGUCACAUGUUCUGAUGUGCCUGAAUAAGCUGGACUCUGGGGUAGAUGAAAAAAUUAUGCUUGUAUCAAGGGACGAACAAUCUUGUCUCAUAGUAUCAUAUAGAGAGAUUAAGAACUGCAUCGAUUCAGCAUUUAGAGAUUUAUCACGAAGAAAGUAG